AUGAUGGAGGCCGGAUUCAUCCCGGUGUCGGGGCCCGGCGGCGGCGGGAACGUUCCUCCGCCCGCCGUCGUGGCGCCACCGGCGAACGUCAUACGAGCGCCGGGAUUAAAACGCGGGAAAAUGGAGGAGGCUAUAUCAGAUCGGAUAAAAUUGGAGACGGUCUUCGGUCUGACUGUGAGCAGCAACGCGGCUUUAGACUCCGACCCUCACACUGAGCUGGUGGCAUAUCCCGCUGGGUGUACAGUGGUUCUUUACAAUGUACGUAAGAACAGACAGUCUCACGUGUUGAACGCGUCAAGGAAGAGCGUCACUUGCGUGGCAUUUUCUCCUGAUGGCAGAUACUUGGCCACGGGGGAGUGUGGCCACGCGCCCGCCGUCAGGGUCUGGGACCUCCAGGAUCCGACAGCCUCGGGCGCGGUUCAAAUAGCGGAGUUCCCGGGACACACUCAUGGAGUUAAUUGUGUGGCCUUCUCAACGUCAUCCAAAUACCUGGUGUCGGUAGGGUCUCAACACGACAUGAUCGUGAACGUGUGGGACUGGCGCGCGAACCUCAAGCUGGCCAGCAACAAGGUCUCGUCAAGAGUCAAAGCCGUCAGUUUCUCGGAGAACGGAAACUACUUCGUGACGGUCGGCUUCAGGCACGUCAAGUUCUGGUAUUUGGAAUAUUCCAGGAAUGCUAAGUUCAAGGAGCCGGUGCCUCUGAUGGGUCGUUCAGCUAUCCUGGGGGAGCAGAAGGACAACGAAUUCUGUGACGUGGCGUGCGCGCGAGGUGGCAGUGACGCGACAUACGCUAUCACACGCUCCGGACUACUUUGCGAAUUUAAUAGCAGGAGGCUGUUGGAUAAAUGGGUGGAGCUCAGGACCACGUCCGCCAACUGCAUGUCUCUGGGCCGCUCGUACAUCUUCGUGGGCUGCGCGGAGGGCAUCGUGAGGUGCUUCGCCCCCGACACGCUGCGGUACAUCACUACCCUGCCCCGGGCGCACUACUUGGGAGUCGAUGUGGCUGGGGGCUCCAACAUCAGUCACAUGUUCAGUCACCCCCCCGAGGCCCGUUACCCGGACGCCGUGGCGCUCACGUACGACGAGAGGAACCACAAGCUGACCUGCGUGUACAACGAUCACAGUCUGUACGUGUGGGACGUGCGGGACAUUAAGAGGGUGGGUAAGUCCCACUCGUCGUUGUACCACUCCGCGUGUAUCUGGGGCCUGGACAUGGUGUCUUCAGGUCCGCUGGGUCCCGGCUGCUUCCUGUCCUGCUCCAGCGAUGAUACUGUCCGUCUGUGGACACUUAGUGGAUCUAAUAAUAUAUAUAGCAACGAAUUAAGCAAAAUCCUGUACAUUGACCCCGAGCUGAAGUUUCUAAAGGACGUUGACCUCACGGCGACCAGUGAUAAGGACAAGUCUAAGACAUAUGAUGAUAAAACAGGCGUCAGAUGUGUCCGCGUGUCUCCGUGCGGCGAGCACAUAUCAGCGGGUGACCGAGCGGGUAAUGUGUGGGUGUAUGACGCCCGCGGGACCUUGCUGCACACGCUGGAGGCUCAUGAUGCGGAGGUUCUGUGUCUGGAGUACAGCAGCCAGCCACGACUACUGGCAUCAGCCUCUAGGGAUAGGCUGGUGCAUGUGUUCAGUGUGGAUAGGGGCUACCAGAUCCUCCAGACUCUUGAUGAGCACUCCUCAUCCAUCACGGCCGUGAGGUUCCUUAACUCCGGAGCCGGUCUACAGCUGGUGUCGUGCGGCGCUGACAAGACUAUACUGUUCAGACAGAUGAGGACGAACCCUGACGGCAGCUUCCAGUUCCAACGCGGACAGAACGUGUCGGGACGGAGCACCCUCUACGACAUGGAGGUGGACGCGGGCGGGCGGCACGUGCUCACAGCCUGCCAGGAUCGUAACGUGCGUGUGUACAGCGCGGCUCACGGGCGACACACCAAGACGUUCAGAGGGACUACGGCUGAAGACGGGACGCUCAUUAAGGUGGCCCUGGACAGUAGCGGCAUUUACCUAGCCACUUCGAGCACCGACAAGCUGCUGAGUGUGUAUGAUUACUACUCCGGGGAGUGUAUGGCCACGAUGUACGGACACUCGGAGAUAGUCACCGGACUCAAGUUCACUCCAGACUGCCAGCAUCUCAUCUCCGCGUCGGGUGACGGCUGUAUGUUCGUGUGGAGGGUGCCUCACGACAUGGUGGUCACUAUGAGGGCCAGGCUCGCGCAACAGGCGAUACGACAUGGACGUAAGGCUCCCACAAACGGCGCGAGCGUCCCGUCCAGCGAGGCGGAGUCCUACUGGGGCUCCCCGCCGAGGGACCUGCCGCCGCCCGGGGAGGCCUUCGCCGCGCCCGUCGUGCCUGACUACACUCUCCGUAUAGGUCGUCUUCCGUCAUGGGCCAAGAAGAGUCUGGGCGACGAGCUAGUGCCUGGCGCCCAGCCCACCGCCCCGCCCACCGGCCCCGCCCCCGCCGCGGCGCCCGUCCCCCUCGCCCGCGGCAAGUGGGCCACGAGGAUACUACCCUCUGAUAAGCGGGUUGACUCCGACGGGUCCAAGGACAGCUCCAUAGACAGUGGAACAGACACCAGGUACCACGACCGGAGACACAAACAGGUUACGUUAAACCUAACCCAAGCUCGACCCGAGGCGCGCAUUCGGCAUCACACCGACGACUCAUCGUUAGGGAGUCUCAAGUUCGAGGAUCAAGAGUCAACAGAACAUGAUGGUGAUGUAGAGGAUAUAUCAGAUGGUGAGAGGACUUCCUCCUCGGAGAGAGGCAGACCGACAUACUACCCCGGGAACAACGAUGAUGACGUGCCCAGUGAGUUCCUAGUGAACGCCAUGGACGCGGCGGAGCUCCGUCAGUCUGUCCGUCGCGCGCGUCGCUGGGCCGCGCCCGCGCCCGCCUCGCUCACGGGCUCGCCGAGAGACUCGGACGAAGACGAGGUGUCUACACCGUCGGGUGACAACGCGGAGAGGAACCCUCUGUCGGGCUCCAGCGAGUCACUCGACACGCUCGGCCGGAGGGAGAAAUACAUACAGUCGGCCUUCGACAGUCUGACUGGAGCGGGGGAGGGGGACGCGACGCACGGGGGCAACACGUCACUAUCAUCGCAGCACCGCGCGCCGCGUGACCCCGAGGCGGCAAGGAGGAGGGAGGAGCUUCAGAGGAGGAUACACGAGACGAGGAGGCAGCUGGAGACGGUGGCGUUUCGAUCGAAUCUUAAAUCGAGCCAGUCAACGACGGACCUGUCAUACAUUCCAGAGAAAGAUGGCUCCCGGCGAAGUAGACCGCUGUCUAUGGCCGUGACGAGCAACAAUAGACAGUUUGGAUUCACUAAAACCCAAAUAUGUCCCGAGGACAAUAUGGAUAGCUUGAAUUAUUUCGAUAGUCUAAAUUAUCAGAAUCUAGACUAUCGAAGUAAGAACCCCUACGCCAUACCCGCUAAUCUGAAUCAUAAUAUAAUACCGGAGUAUUUUGACCGCGGGCCGAGUAUACCGCCGCGCGCGCCGUCAACACACAGACAAGGGAACUUACCACAUAAACCGACGAAUGUAAAAGAAAAUCAAAAGCCACUAGCAUUCACCAUAGACAUGAAGAAACCUGCUUCAAAAGUCUUCACCAGACUAUUCCCGACGGCUUCCGAUGAAAAGGAACCGCCUAAGCUACCGCCACGAAAUUUCCAUUUGAAUCUCAACGAAAAGCCUCAGCUGAAAACUCCCAAACCUAACGCUCGCAGCAUAUUCAAAAACUACAAAUCAUGUCCGGUUUCGCCUGUCUCCGAAGAGUGCAAGUGGGCGGAUAAAGUGGAACAGAAUCAAGUCAAAGAUAAUGAUACAGAUAGGCAAAGAACAGAUGCUAAGAAGAGAAACUCACUGAGCUUCUUUAUCGGUCUGGAUAAAGGAAAAGAGAGUAGAAGUAUUGUGGAUACUAUUAAGAGUGACACGGAGAAGAUGAUAGCGGAAAUAACGAAGAAAUAUGGAGACCUGGAUGAAUAUGAACCGGGGUCACAUGAAGACUUGGACCUACAGCCGACCAGGGACAUAGAUAAGGAUGAUGGAAACUUCUCAUCAGAUUCAUUGGAAGACUGCAGUUUGAGUCAGGACGUUAGCUGCAAAAACAAACUGCUGUCCAAGAAGAUAUGCAAGAAACAUAAUAAAGCGAAAACUGGACUGCCAAGACGAGCCGUCUCCAACUAUGAAAUAUACGGCGCGUAUGAUAAGCAAGUACCUUUGAGACUGGCUGUGGCGGAAAAGAGUUCGACUUUACCGCGGAAUAUGCCGUCGAAUCUGGAUGACAUUAUGGAUGAAGACGCAAUGACGUGUACGAUGUACAGAUGUCAGAGCGUCCUAACGAAGCGAUGCGUCACCAGGUCCAAUGAAUCAGUCCUCAGCGAUCACUCUAACGGUUCGAGUGUUUCAAACGAGAUAUUCCUCAAGUACGGCAACGAAGUCGCCUUCCAGCAAGCCAAAUUCGCGGACAGUCGAUACAAUCUCAACGGGUCACAAAACUGCUCGUAUGAAAACAUAAAUGAACCAGACAUGAGUUACUUGGAGAACCAUAGACAUAGCAGCGCAAGCUUCUUCCUCAAUCAGAAGAAAUACAUGAAGAACAGCUGCAGCCAGGAGUCCGUGUUAUCUGAUGAAUAUUUAGAUAACGACAUACAGAUGUCACGAACCAAUUGUAAUUCACUAGAAAGUGUUCUUUCCGAUGACUCGGAAUGCACGAAGAGCGCGCCUCUAGAAAUGCUUUUUGAAGCCGCGAAACCUUUCCGUCAUAAAAAUAAACCUGCUGGAGUAACGAACAGCCAGAGUUGUUACGAAUUUGACAAUCAGUCGAAGAGUUACGGCUCUAGUCCGAAUAAUGUUCAGUAUUUAACCGGAUAUAUGUACAACAAUUACUUCCAAGAACCUUCUAGUCCGCGGGCGGAUUACAAAGAACCGUGUACGGUGGUAGCGACUAAACCUCCGAUAAAUAAAGUGUACGGCUUCGAUAUACCGACAGGAGAAUACUCAGGACAUAAAACGGUCACCCGCUCUAAAAGUUUAUACGAUUCUUCAUCAAAGCAACCUCCGCCGGCAAAAAAUAUAGCUUAUUACUUCGACGGGAACAACAUACAACAAUAUAAACCAGAAACAAAACAGGAUGAAAUACCGCGCUUGAGUAAAGUAGAUGAAAUUCCUCGGCUGAAUAGAGUAGAUUACAUGGCAAGCACCAGCAAGUCACUUCAACCGAAAUUCGCUGAAAAACAUAAAUAUAGAAGUGAAAUGGAAGGCUGUGACAAUAAUGCGAUGGUAAAGUCCAAAAGUUGCAGCUUCGAGGUUGUGUUGGAACCGGCUUCAAAACCGAAUCCAUUGAAAAAUUUAAUGGAAAAGCGAAAUUCACAUGUAAAGAAGAAUCUACAAAAGUUCGAGGAACAAAUACGAAAGAGCUCUCAGAGUAAAGUCAGUAAGAACCAACUCAAUAAAGAAAAGGCUAACGUAGCCAAAUAUAACAACGCCACGAAAAGUUUAGAGAGAGACUCCGGACAAAAAAUGAGUAAUACAAAAAUAACCAUGGAGUUUGUACCUCACAAGCCGCCCAAACCUAUCAAGAGAACGUCUUCCGUUAAAAUGAAUAACAGACUGAAAGCUGGCUUGGAAAAAUCCACCUACAGCUCGUCCAUCUCCUCACAAUAUAAAGCAAAAUUAGACGGAUUACAGAACAAGAACUACAUCUCGAACAGAAAACAAGAAGAUAAAAACUCAAACCUAGAAGACGCUUCAGAUAGCACGGAAAAAACAUUCGACGUAUUCGUCAAAGAGAAAGAUAUAAACGAAAACAGAUCCGAGAUACAAAUGGACAGCUUAGAAGUAUAUGCGAUGCAGAGAAUAGAAAGAAUGAACCAAGUUAGCAUGGAUUCAUUAGACGUGAUAGAAGAUAACCACGACUUCGCCAAAGACUCGUUGGAUUACUACGGAGAACAGGAUAAUAAAUACUAUAAUAAGGCUGUCAAAGAAAAAUCUAACAUCAAUUACGUUAAAAAUGAAUUAGACAAGCCUUGUAACAGCGGGCAUAACAUCGCAUCCAAAGAAAACAUAGCGCCGGGAUUCAGUGAUGAAGUGAAGAAAUUCAGAUAUAUAGAACGAAAGCUGGAGAUAAUAAACAAAUUAGUGGAGAUGGAAGAGAGGAAGAUACUGCAAGAAAAAGUAUUAAAAGAGUUCAGAAUGAGACCAUUGAAAGCUAAUAUCAACGAUGGGAAAGGAGUCGUUAAAGUAUUGUCCAGGAAAUUCGAAAAACUGGCGACAAAACAGAGCACUGUACCGAAUUUUGCAUCACUGACGCUAGAAGAAGCGGAUACGGAUACUGAAAACUCUGAUAACAAAGAAAUCAAAAGAAAUCUAAGUCUUCCAGACAUAUUAGAUAUGGAUCAAAUCGGUUUAACAGUAGGCGGAGUGGAUGUGUCCAACGAAGACGGAAACACAAUGGAUAUGGAAGAAGAAGUCCCAGAAACAAAACUCAAUAAUACAUUCCAAAAUAUACCGCGGCCUUUAAAACCAUUAACACACAGAGUUUACAACGAAAUGGUUAUACCAAAAACUGACGUGCACCUCGACAGCGAGAAUUACGAAUCAUCCACCACAAGUUCUAGCUGCACGAAUUCACCAAAACGCAUAUCUAUAUACGGCUUCAACCGACCGAAGACUCCGUUCAGGAAAAUAUUACGAGCUCCCACACCGCGCGUGUGUUCAGAUACUCCGUGUUAUAGGAUGAGGUCUAUGUAUAGCGGGCCCGGCGUUAGAGGCCUGCUCCGUAAAAUCCCCGUAACUCCCGUCCUGCCAUCGAAAUUCUCACCACUAACAGGAGCAUCAAAACCAGCUCAGCCGAGUCCUAACGGCAAAUCUCCGAGUGGGUUCGUGAGACCGGCUCCACGUUACAACGGCAAGUCUAAUAUGACGAGGAGUUCUAGCGUCGGUGUAUUGAACCAGAGCGACUCGGAGUCUGACCCGCCACACCGGGCCCAGGCCGGGUCCCGAUCAGGUCUCAUGAGGCCCACGAUCAGUUCUGCCAACAAGGCAGCCGCUAACACGGCCCGCAGACGAGGCCUGGCUAACGCGUAUAGUACAGCGAGCGUGGCGCGUUCCGAGUCGAGUUCGGAGGCCGAGGGCGAAGCCCCGCGACCUCGCGCCGCCUCCGCUGACAGAGCUCAAAGAAAGAUAGCAGGUCGCAGCGGCAGUGAACGUGACAUAUCUUCUAAAGCGCGCGAAGUGACGGCGCGCCUCACAAGCAGACCGAGACCGAAGCAGGAGAAUACACAGGAUAAUAAUAUGUCGCCGUCAGCUCUAUGCGCGGCGUUGACCGAGCAGCUAACAAGGACGGCGGGGAAGGUGGCCGCCUUGUACCGGGCGCUGCAGGACGACCCGCGCUCAGACGGAGAUAUUAGCGGUCUAGAAGCAGCCAUCCUUGAGACUCAGAAGGUUCUCAGGAAUGCUGUGAGUCAGAACGGUGAAGAGGCAGCAAGUAAAGUGGAGCACACCGCUAAAGAUGUGUCUCCGGGUCACCCAGCGAUGUCAUUGAUCGAGCAAUACUCUGACAUGUUACUCAAUAUGAUGCAGAAUAAAAUGGUGAACCAGUUUUCACAGAGCCCGCAAAGCCUUCCGCCUUCAACCAGGGAAGAAAGCUAG